UCUGUGGAGCUUCCGCAAAGCCACACUGGCUCCGAGCAGCAGCUGAUGUGCAGACUCACUUCCUCCCCAGCUACAGAAGAAUGAGCAGCAACUCCUCCCUCACCAUGGACAGUGUGGCGGGUGCAGUGUACGCAGCACUGGAGCUGCUGAUCGCCGUGAUGUGUUGCCUGGGCAACCUGCUGGCCAUCUGGGCAGUGCAGGCCAGUGGCUCCCUGCGGAAGCCCACCUUCUGCUUCAUGGCAUCGCUGGCGGCUGCGGACUUCCUGGUGGGCGCCGUGGCGAUCCCCGUGGCCGUGCUGGUGGACGGCCGGGUCAGCACCUCCUUCGACAGCUGCCUGUUCCUCAGCUGCGUGACGGUCCUGCUGGUGCAGGCCUCCAUCCUCAUGCUGCUGGUCAUCGCGGUGGAUCGCCACCUGUGCGUGCAGAUGCCCCUCAGAUACAAGCGCAGCUUCACGCAGAGGCGCUGCUGGGCCGUGGUCGGAGUGUGCUGGCUGCUCGCCUUCGCGUUCAGUUUCACGCCCAUGUUCGGCUGGUACAACCGCCAGACCCUGGCCAAGAUGGGGAACUCCACCACCAGCGUCUGCAGGCUCGUGUCCGUCAUCCCCAUGACUUACCUAGUUUACUUCCAGUUCUUUGGGUGCACACUGCUCCCCCUGCUGGUGAUGUGUGCCCUCUACGUCCAUGUCUUCCGCUCCAUCUCCAAGCGGCUGCAGAGGAGCCAGGCCCGGGUCACCGAAUCACACGCGUACUACGCCAAAGAGCGGAAGCUGGCCAAGUCCCUGCUGCUGGUCCUGGUCCUCUUCGCGGUCGGCUGGUUGCCGCUGAGCAUCAUGAACUGUGUGACGAUCUUCGGUGGCGACGUCCCUCUGGUCGCCAUCUACAUCGGGAUCCUUCUCACGCACGCCAACUCCGCCGUCAAUCCGGUCGUGUACGCCUUCAAGGUGCCGAAGAUCCGCAGUGCGUACCUGCGGGCCUGGAGGAAGUGUGACCUCUGCUGGCAACAGGGGGUAUCGCAGAGCACCGAGAGCAAGGACUUCAGCACCAAAAGCAAAUCCAUUGAAGAUUAGACCAAGGAACAGGAUUAUUCUGAUAGUAAUCUACAUACAGUCUAACUGUGUGCUCAUAUUACCAUCAAUAAGCCAUUCUGCUUACUGUUCAUUAUCAGCACCAUUUUAAAACACUGGCUGGGAGUUAAUCAACAUUUGUCCUUAACCUUGACUAAUAAAAUCAAGAGUUACCAAGAAUUUAUUUUUCUUCACAAGCACACUGUCAAGUUUGGGAAUCUCUGAAACUGAAUUGACAAAAUGAAUUUGCAAAAAAAAACUUCCAACAUUAGCAAUUCCUUGUGAGUCAAAGUUAAAUUGUUGAUUAAAUCAAUUUAAUUGAUGAGCAAA